AUGGUAGCCAAACCCCCAUCAAAUCCCAAAUCUUCCACAAAGGCAAAACCUGUCUCAAAGCCCAAAUCUGUUACAAAGCACAAGUCUGUCACAAAGCACAAGUCUGUCACAAAGCACAAGUCUGUCACAAAGCACAAGUCUGUCACAAAGACCAAGUCUGUCACAAAGACCAAGUCUGUCACAAAGACCAAGUCUGUCGCAAAGCACAAAUCUGUCGCAAAGCCCAAAUCUGUCGCAAAGCCCAGGUCUGUCGCAAAGCCCAAGUCUGCCGCUCGUCAGAUUCAUUGGGAAAUCGACCCUUCUCCGAUCUCGCAAGAUACCAAAAAGAACUUACUUCUGGUAGAUGAAGAGGCUGAGCCUUCCAGCCCUGAUCAAAAACAGCAGGACCAGGACCAGGUGCUUGGGACUUGGCCCGUCUCGGCCCAACUAUCACCCUCAGAGGACUCAGGAUUGAAAGCGAUUGUUGAAGCAUUGCGUCCCCUCAAGUUCACUAGAAUUCCUUUCAAAAUCCCACUACUUUGGUCAGCAUUUGAAAAUGCCCACAGGCUUCGAUUUCCGAAUCAACAAAGAAUGAAAUCCAAGAGCCCUUUAAGCAAGACCAAGAGAGGGAGAUACAAGUCUGGCGAUGUAGAAGUCGCCAGAAAAUUCCUUGAUGAGAUAAUGAAGUGCCUUGAAGAAAUUCCUGGCCUAGACAAAGAAACGGGUGUCCUUGAACCCCCGGAGAAAGACAAUGGCAAAAUCUCCACGACCAUCCAAGGUGGUGCCAAUGUCAUGGACCGUGGGACCAAAGAGAAUACCCCUGUCACGGACGAUAAGAAUAUGCAGAGCCUAGCACCAGAAUACAAUACAGAUAUUGAUAUCAAAAAAGAGAUCAAUUAUGAGGCCAAGAUUAAGGACAAGGUCAGGACCAAGGACGAGGUCAAAGACGAGGUCAGGAUCAAGGACGAGGUCCAAGAUGAGGUCAAGGAUGAGAUCAAGGUCAAGGAUGAGAUCAAGAUCAAGGACGAGGUCAAGGACGAGGUAAGGAUCAAGGACGAGGUCAAAGACAUCUGGAUAGAAGUAUAUCAAGGGAGAAUUCAAAAUUGA